UGGUACUCUCAAAAUCAUGUAUAGCCUCUGCAAUCCAAGUGUCAUUUUCUUCCAGAUGUGACAUGCAUUUAGGGAAUCUCAGAGCUGACAUGGGAAAAUAGCAUGUUUCUCAGCAGUGGUUUCCUUGAUUCAUUUGUGCCUGGAGGGGACUGUUCUAUAUUGAAAGCAUGACAAACCUGUGGGGAGUUCUGCUAAUUAGUGUGCUUCCCUUGCAGAUAGCCCAGCCUACGGUGACCCUACCAGAGCUGGUGGCUCCAGCAGUGUGGACCUGCUGGCAGGCCCCUGCUCUCUUCCUGUGCCUUUUGAGAAGGGUAUCAGUGAAACUGUAGCCCUUCAGAAGUUCAUAAGAAUUUUGCAAAUUAUUCUAAUUAAUUAGAUAAAUUAUUCAGUGUAUUAAUCUAUUGCUCAGAGAAGGCACCAGAACUGGUAGACAAUAGGUUACAGAAGGCUUGCUGUAAACCUACCAGUGAGUGCUACUGCCCAGUCCUGAAUUUGACUUUGUUGUGUUGAUCCUGGAGUUCUUCAUCCCCUAUGGAUGGCCCAAAAUUCAAAUGUAAGAGCUGUGAGUCUUGGCUAGCACAGCGAAGGAGCUGCAAAACCGCAAGGCUUAAAGCAUGGAAAGUGCUGUACCUAAUGUGAACCUGUAACCAGGUCAGGCUGUAGAUGGAGACCUGCUUGCAUAGUUACUGGUAGGGAGGCACAAGAAGGGUAGGAAAGAAGACCAUAGGGUCUGCACAGUAUGUGCAGUUCCUGCAUGCAGAGGUGCGACCUUGUGCAGCUUUGUUUUGUGCUAUUACUUUGAGGCCUUGGGGCUUAGGGGGAGGGGGUAUUUGUUGUCUUUCCUCCAACUGAAGGAAACGUCCUCUCAAAAGUACUGAGACAGCUUUUGGUGUAAAACAUACAGAUGGUUUUGAUCAGGAAAAGAAAUUGUGUUGUGUUGAUGCUUGCAAAUGAAGGAAGCCAGUGGGAGAGGACUUACAACACAGCUUUUCUUUGUAGUCAUCUGGGAAAAAUCCAUAAGGCUUACCUGCAGAUGAAAAGGGAAGCAUAUGACAGGAGCCCUGAAUCAUUGCAACAGGAUAUGGUUAGCAGUGUCUCUGGAGACACCCGUGACUUCAUUGAUGAAGGGCAGGAAGCUGCCUGGGAGCCCACCACCCUUUGCUGGUCACCUGCAGUGCAGGAUAUGACGGCAGUGUUUCACUUUGCAAUGAAAGGCAGAGAUAUCUAAUCACAUUUCUGAUAGACACAGGGAACUGGGUAACCUCUCUGCCAGCUGCAGAAUAUUUGGUGGUUUGUUUUUUUAAAAAAUUAAGGUACUGUUCAGUUGCAGUGUUGACAGUAACGUAUGUGUUUUCCCCUUGUGAUGCAAAAGCAACUAAACCCAAUUUUAGUGCAUGCCAGGGUAUGUGAUCUGUCCAGCAGUCACCCAUAGCACACAAAGUCACUUUAAAUUUGCACAAAGUUUCAGUAUAGGAUUUCAGAUAAAUACUGCAUCCUGGAUGCCAUCAUAACUUCAAUGGAGCUUUGAUUCCUAUUUUGCUCUGUCAGGAACGUGUAAUGACAAAGGUAGACCUGAAAUACCAAAACUGAAAAAUGUCUGCUACCUGCAGCAAAUUCUGCAAAAUAAAAGAUAACAAAAAAGCACAUGAAAGAAUGGAAGAGGCAGAAGAAUUAAAAAAAAAGAAAAAAAAAAACAAAAAAAAAACCCAAAAAAAAAACCUAAGGGGUCAGUUGAGUCAGAUGCACAGGGAAGUUCCACCAGACUUUCAUGUUUUGUUACCUGUUGUCUCUUGUUAACAUAUUGUGAGCAGACAUAGACAUCCUCUCACAUGGUGAUCAUUUCCUUCUGGGACAGCGGAAUUCUCCUGUAGCUCCUAAACAAAGCCUUGCCAAAACCAGGGGAGAGGUUGGUGUAGAGUUCAGAGAAUCUAUAUUUGUCUUUACAGGGGAGUUACUGUGUCUUUUAACAUUUGGAAUGCAAAAAUGCUGACUACUAACAAGAACAGAUAGGCGUUGCCUUCUCUGCCUCCAAAGGUGUCACACUGCAAAACUAUGUUGUGAAACAUGAGUGCAACUGCAAAGAUAAUGUCUCAGUGGUUGCUACAGUUUCUAAUGCAAUACUUGAAAAGUUUUUGCAUUGAGCACAAAAUACUUUCAGUGAGAAUGUUACAAACAAUAUUUAAGAUGCUUGAAAUUAAAAAAAAAAACAACAAGAAUUCACUUCAAACAUUUGGAAUGCUAACUGAUUUUUUAAUCACUGGAAUUAAAGCAAGUGUCUUCACUGUGGUCAAUUAUGCUUUGAAAAUACAUUUUGACGGCAUUUAAAAACCAUGUUAUUAGUAUAAUAAGCAUGACAGGAAAAUAUGCAGAAAAAUUAUCCACCCACAGUUAUAAAAGUGAAAAACAGACUCCCUCUAGAUCAGUGUAGAGGUCUGGAGACAAGCUGUAUUAAUCCUGAGCUUAAAAUGCUUGGAGACCACUAACAUUGCAGAGCUCCUGUUAGUGCAGGGUACGUAAGUACAUGUAUAUUUUUAAAUACGUGUCUGUGUGUGUGUCUACAUAUGUAUAUUGUGUAUAUGAAUCAUGCUUCUGUGUCACCAGUGGUCUAGACUGAUGUUACAAAGUAGCCCUCAAGUGCUUGGGAUUGUCCUGCAGGCAAGCCACUGUUUCCUUUCAUUCGAAGUGUACACUGAUGGAGCAAAAUUAGCCUUUUACCUUCAUGCAUUAAGGGCAAAAGCAGGAUGGGAAAUGAACUGGAGGCAGAUAAGCACACCUACACAUAUCAGGACAAUAGAGGGAAGCCCAUAUUAUGAAGGAUGUCACUGUUAUGGUAACUAUCAAGGCUGGUGCCACUGAAAUGGAAAGAUGAAAAACAGAUGUCGGUAAAGGGAAUGUGCGUUAUUCAAAGUACACAGGAACAAACAACAGGGCUAUGUCAUUUUCCCAGUGAUCUUAAAAAUAUUUCACAGUGAUGGAUUAUUUCACUUGUUUUUGAAAAGUGCUUGAGUGCUGCUUCUGUGCUUCUAGAGAAAAAGAAAGGCUAAAUGAAAAGCAUUCAUUCAUUUGCUUUGCUUUAGUUUGUGUUGUUCCCCUUUUUGAUUUGUCCAAGUCCCUCAAUAGGAGAUGGAAAGAUUACUGAAACAUAAUUGUCUUUUUUCUAAUGAAUACACAUUAAAAAAAAGCUGUUAAUUGGUAACAUCUUUUAGCUGGCAUAUGGCUAGCUAAUAAUGCAGGCUUAAUUAGCAAAUCUGGGGAAGAAUAACUUCCUAAUAUGGAAUUAAAAAGGCCUGUCAUUGUUUUUCAUCAAGAUUGACGAUAUUGCUUGGACCUGAAAUUUAGCAACUUUUUUUUUUUUCUCAGUCCCAGUGGAUGAGCUGUGCUUUUACAUGUAUUUAUUAGAAAAAUAGAGCUUGAAAGUGCAACAACUAAUGCAGAUAGAAAACAAAGAAACAGUAGCUCUCCAGAAAGUGUAGUUAUACUCUUAAUACACAGUAUUUAUCUUAAUCUGGUGACCUGGCCUGUGUUAUUUUUAAAAUAACAUAUGCAGCACUUUAAACUUUUAAUUUCCAUGAACUACUUAUUUAAUUUUUAUCUUCAUACUUGCUCUGUGGAUCCCUAGGAUCUGUGGACUACUGCAGAGGCACCCACUAAUGGUGGAUAAGAACAGUAGUAGCCAUGUACAUGCUGCACAGUGAUCUAUGAAUUUGGAUUUUUAAACCAGACUGCACAUCCACUGAAAAAUGAAAUGUUAGCAGGCAAAACCUCUCUUGCUCCUUCAAGACCAUUUCCUCAAUUUUCUGUUUACAGUUUUCUCCCGCAGUGAACCUGAUAUGUCUCCAAGAGGAAGAAAGGGCACAGUCCAUCCGCUAAGCAAGAGGUUCCUGCUGCCGUGAUGUGUUCUGCAUGUCUUAUCAGCAGCAUGUUGUUUCAGGGCUCCAGCAUCAUUUUUCCUCUGAUAGGCAGCCUCUCAGUGACUGAGCUGUACAGUUUGGCAAAUGCUGAGCUGUCAAGUUGUGCUAAUGAUUUGGAAAGAGAUGGAUGUAAGUUUAAUUGCAGUAAUUAAAGGAGAAAGCUGUGUUAUUCCCUUGCUUGUAUGAAGGUGAGCAUCCUUGAAACCUUGGGAGCAGUGCACUCAUAACCAAGGAUAUAGAUACCUAGGCUUGGUGUAUCAUUGGGGUUCAAGAAAAGGGUUUCCUAGGGAGCAGUAGGUGCUGCCAAGGGCAGUGUUGAAUGAAGCCGUACAGCUCAACUUCAUUGCACUGUAGGAGUUCUGUGAUAGGGGCAACAUGGGAGUUGCUGUGUUUUAUUAUGCCACUGGUGUAGUUCUCCUUUUAUUAAUGAAUUGCUUGUCAGUCUUUUAUCUCUUCAGUUCAGUGUUGUCAUGUCCUAUAAUGUUUUAUUUAAAGCUGCAUUGUUCGUAGAGUAAUCUAUCUGUAGACCCAAAUGGUUUUGUAAAAAUAUGUCAAUAUCAGAACUCUUACUUUCAAGCCUGAAUUUAUUACUGAGCUCAUUUUAAAUUUCUUUUUAUUGAUGUAAUUAUGGCUAAAAAGUUCAAACAAAGGACAAGCAUAAUUAUAUAAAGAAAUCAUCCAGAGAGCUGCCUAUUUGUUUUUCAUUUUAUCAUUGUAAGAGCAUUUGUAUGCCUAAACAUUUAGCAGCAUAUACCCUUGACAGAGCAUCAGUGCUAUUGAUAAAUUAUGCUGACCUUCAGGGCAGUCAGCACUCUCUAGAUAUUUUUAGGUAUUUGGCUAACUUUCUCAAAGCACCUGAUGUUUUGUUUAUGCAGUAAAUUUCACAGGCAGGGAGGCAGGUAUAUUUCUGGGGAGAUCAAACCCAUCUUCCCUUGUCAUAACUGAACUUUGUCCUGCUCUCACCACAUCAAGCUAUUUAUAAAAAAACCUUCUCAUCUAGCAUGUUUUUCCUUCAUUUGUAGCAACAAAGGGAGGCAUGGCAGGUCUGUCUGUGUUCUUAUACACUGCUUAGCCUCCUUGCCACUGGGAUGUUGUCAGCAAUCUCCGAUUUUGGGUAAUCGGCACAAAAGAGAAACUUGUGCAGCUGAGCUCAGAGGGAAGGUGUGUUUGUGGGGGGUCACAACAUCUGUGGCUUCCUUCCGAGGGCUCCUUCCUUUGGCAAAGUUUGUAUUCACAAGCCGCAAUGCCCGCCUUCAGGAGGAGUAAAACCAGAGCUAAGAGUUUAGCGCUGGCUCGCAAAACCCAGCAGCAGGCAGCAGCAGCUUACGGCUCCCUGCACAGGAUGUUCUCUGUGAGCGCAGAGCAGAUCAGUGCGUUGUGCCGAAACUUCCAAGAAGUCCAAGCAAGCAAUAUGGAAGGACAGAAGGACAACCAGGACCCACCUCCACGACCACUGGCUCGCCACCUUUCUGAUGCAGAUAGACUGAGGAAAGUCAUCCAAGAACUUAUGGACACCGAGAAAUCUUAUGUCAAGGACUUGAGUUGCCUCUUUGAGCUAUACUUGGAGCCGCUUCAAAAAGAAACCUUCCUUACCCAGGAUGAGAUGGAGUCCUUGUUUGGCAGCCUGCCAGAAAUGCUGGAUUUCCAGAAGGUGUUUUUGGAGACCCUUGAAGAUGGAAUAUCUUCUUCCUCAGAUUUUAAUACAUUGGAAACACCGUCUCAGUUCCGGAAAUUGCUGUUUUCCCUCGGUGGCUCCUUUCUAUAUUAUGCUGACCACUUCAAACUGUACAGUGGCUUCUGUGCAAACCACAUCAAAGUUCAGAAAGUUCUUGAGAGAGCCAAAACAGAUAGUGCCUUUAAGACCUUUCUGGAUGCUCGAAAUCCCACAAAGCAACACUCUUCUACACUGGAGUCAUAUCUCAUAAAGCCUGUUCAGAGAGUGCUGAAAUAUCCUCUGCUUUUAAAAGAGCUGGUGUCUCUGACAGACAAUGAGAGUGAGGAGCACUAUCAUUUGACAGAAGCACUGAAGGCAAUGGAAAAAGUAGCAAGUCACAUAAAUGAGAUGCAGAAGAUAUAUGAAGAUUAUGGCACUGUAUUUGACCAACUGGUUGCAGAACAAAGUGGAACAGAGAAAGAGGUGACAGAGCUUUCAAUGGGAGAACUUCUGAUGCACUCUACAGUUACCUGGCUGAAUCCUUUCCCGUCGCUGGGCAAAGCAAGGAAAGACCUUGAACUUACAGUGUUUGUUUUUAAGAGGGCUGUAAUACUGGUGUAUAAGGAGAACUACAAACUGAAAAAGAAAAUGCCUACUAAUGUUCGUGCUGCACAUAAUUAUGGUGACUUGGAUCCGUUUAAAUUUCGUUGGCUGAUUCCUUUAUCUGCUCUUCAGGUUCGACUGGGGAACACAGCAGGAACAGAGAACAGCUGUAUCUGGGAACUGAUUCACACCAAGUCAGAACUAGAAGGCAGGCCAGAAACAAUUUUUCAGUUGUGCAGCAGUGAUUCUGAGAACAAAACUAACAUUGUGAAGGUCAUCCGUUCUAUUCUGCGGGAGAAUUUCAGACGUCACAUAAAAUGUGAGCUACCACUGGAGAAAAAAUGUAAAGAUCGCCUCGUCCCACUUAAGAAUCGUGUACCUGCAACAGCCAAACUGGCUUCCACAAGAUCCUUGAAGGUACUGAAGAAGUCAUCCAGCAGCGAGUGGAAUGGUGACCAGGGGAAAGGCACCUUCCAGGACUCCGAUGAGUGCAGCCUAAGCAGCAGCACUCAGAGCAGCAGCUGCCACACUUCUGAGAGCAUCCAGGAGCCCAAAAAUUCAUCUCCCAAUAAACAUGCAGAGAGCACUGCAUCUGACUUUUCUAAUGUUCUUGUCAAAGAAUCCGACAUUCUCAGUGAUGAUGAUGAGGAGGAGGACUAUCGGAGCCUAAAGAGAGGCAGCCCUACAAAAGACAUUGAAAUACAGUUCCAGCGGCUGAAGAUUUCAGAGGAACCCAGUGCUGACUCUGAACAGGAUCAGGCUGCUGAAAAUGAGGAAGAAGAUGGCUUUCAGAUAGCAGAGCAUCCAAAGCUUGUGCGGGGCCAUUUCUGCCCAGUGAAGAGAAAAGUAAACAGCACAAAGCGUAGCAGAGGAACUCUAAUGGCAAUGCAAGAACGUCACCAAUCCCUUGACAGUCACUCUGAUGCUGCAAACCUGGAUCUGAACUCUAUUUUAGAGAGAGAAUUUAGUGUCCAGAGUUUAACUUCUGUAGUUAAUGAGGACUGUUUUUAUGAAGCUGUGGAGAGGCAUGGAAAAUCCUAGCUUAAUAUUAAAACAUUCAUUUGUCCACAUAAAAUUCAACAAAUAUUUUGCUUUAAAACUAGUAAAUUCAUGGAAGCUGCAGGAAAACUACUAUCUGAUUUUGUGCACUAAUACAUUUUUGCUCAAAAACAGUUGUAAAGGAUUCUUAAGUUAUUUUAAUUUAUUGUGGAUCAAAAAUAGAUUAAGUCAGCCCAGGUUUGUAAAUUAGUUCAUCCCUUUCAAGCAUUUAUUAAGAUGAUGUAGUUUUCUUGGGGAUGGCCUCAUUAAUAUUUUAAGUAAUGUGGAAAAGGUGCUAGUGAGUGGCAGAGGAGUUUACAAUGGAAAGUAGCAUUGCAAACUGAAAUUUUCAGUACCUUGGGCAUUUUAUUUCUUUGGUUUUCAUGUUUGCUUUAUUUAAAGCACAAUUAAGUUAUUUUAAUGUGUUUUAGUGCACAACAGUGCAGAAGUUUCAUUUUUGUAUGUUUCAAUGCUGUUUAUACUUUAUACAUAUGUGUAAAUACAAAAACAAAGCUUGGCCUGUAAUCUUUUAUUUGACUGUAUUUUUUAUUUUCUCUAUGAGCCUGUACAGUAAAAGACAAAAAAGUAUUGUACUUAGCCAUGUUUUCUACUUUUUAUUGUGCUGCUUUUCUGUAGUUGGAGCUUUAAAUCCCAAAUUCUUUGCUUCUGCAUAAAUGAGAAGAGUAUUAGCAGAC